AUGUCUACUUUCUUACCGGCGUUCUCCCCUUUUGUCCCUGCCUCUGAGACUUGGGACACCUAUAUGGAACGGUUUGAGUGCUUUUUGCAAGCGAACGCUCUGACUGAACUUUCUAGCGCCCGCAAACGGGGUUAUUUCCUCAGCUCCUGUGGGAGCGAGAUUUUUGCCGCUGCUAGGGCUCUAGCGGCACCUCAGCAAGUUUUUGAUAUUCCUUGGGAGACCUUGGUGGAGAGAUUAAAGAACCAUUUCUCCCCUACCCUGUCUCACAUCGCGCGGCGCCAUGCAUUCUGGCAGUGCUCACAGACAAAGGGUGAAUCCGUGAACGAUUACAUGGCUUCCUUGCGUUCAGCAGCUCUCCAUUGUGAAUUCCGCGACCACUUGGACGAGAUGUUGUUAGACCAGCUGGUUUGCGGUAUCAAGGACUUAAAGUUACAACGACGCCUUUUGGCUCGCUCUGAGCUGACCCUCCAAGUCGCCCUGGACGAGGCCAGGGCUGCCGAAAUGUCCGGUCGCUCAGCCGCUGAAAUCCACCGUUACCAGACGCCCUCUCUAGCAAAUCCUAAACCCCUGUCUGUACAUUACGAGGACUCGGACCAGGGAGAGUCCUCCGACGAGGAACGGGAGGUGAGCCGCCUCAAGGCAACUCAGCGGAAGCGCGGCGGGUCCACCAAACUUUUUAAGUUUGCGCAGGACACCUGUUUGGGCUGCGGCGGCAACCAUCGCCGAACCGACUGUCGUUUCAAGACCAUCGUGUGCCGCCGCUGUGGGAAGAGGGGCCAUUUAUCGAGGGUCUGCAGAGCACCAGCCCCAAUGUCCGAUGUUACCUCUGGGCCACCCCUGGAGCGCCGCCGUGGUCGGAAAGUGCCUGCUCGCCGCGAGGAUUGCCUCGCUGUCACCCGCUACGAGGACCCGUCUGACAUCGCUGUGAGCAACGCCACUCCUUCAGCCUCUGCCAAUAAGCUCUUCCUGACUGUGGGUUUGGAGGGGUCGGCCUGUACAAUGGAGGUGGACACCGGGUCCUCCAAGUCACUCAUAGCGUGGGCGACCCUCUCUAAGUUGUUGCCGGGGUUGUCCCGCCGCCGGCUCAAGCCGUGCCCUGUCCUCUUAAAGGACUACCAAGGAAAGGCUAUUCCCACUCUGGGAUAUGAUAAUUUCAUGGUGUCUUUCCGCUCGUUUUCUGGUAAAUUGCCACUAAUUGUGGUUAGAGAUGCCCGCCCUACCCUCUUAGGACUAGAUUGGUUUGCCGCUUUAAAUUUGUCCAUCUCUGGAGUGCAUAGGGUAGUCCCAGAUGUUCCAUCUAUUCUGGCCCGUGAGUUCGCUGAUGUGUUCUCAGACCAGUUGGGUAAAUACACGGGUAGGCCAAUAUCAUUUAAUUUGGACCCUCAGGUGAUGCCAGUCCGCCUCAAACCGAGGAGAGUGCCUCUAGCUUUGCGCCCGCGCGUUGACGCAGAGCUUGACAAAUUAGUGGCUCAGGGCAUACUAGUCCCCGUGGAUCAUUCAGCUUGGGAGACCCCUAUAGUAAUUCCUUUAAAGCAGGACAGCUCAAUUAGAAUUUGCACCGACUAUAAAUGUUCCAUAAACAGGGCGUUGCAGGCCAACCCGUACCCGGUGCCAGUGGUGCAGCACCUGCUGCACUCCCUGGUUGAUGAGCCGACGGCCAUGGCCCAAACCAUUGUCACUCAUAGGGGUGCGUUUAAAUGCACCCGGCUUCAGUUCGGAGUGAGUGUCGCCCCGGGAAUAUUCCAAAGCAUCAUGGAACGAUUGCUUCAGGGAAUUCCCGGGGUGGUACCCUAUUUUGAUGAUGUCUUGGUCUCCGCUGGAGACCAAGCUGACCUCUUAAACAAGCUUCGGAAUCACAAGCCCCUUCUGGGGUUGCUGGCCGGUGAUCGGCAAACCCCGGUCAUGAUUUCGCCCCGCAUGUCCCGCUGGGUGGAGUUUCUGGCCGGGUAUUCCUAUCACCUGAUUUACCGGCCUGGCUCAGCCAUCGCACAUGCCGAUGCUUUGAGCCGGUGCCCGGUGCCCACCCCGGCCUCUGAUCUGGCUCCUGCCUCAUCAGUCCUCCUCGUUGAGGACUUCGAUUUUCCCCUGACUGCUUCAGACAUCAGCGCUGGGUCCUUGGCGGACCCUGCCAUUUCCAAGGUUUUGGAUUGGGUCCGCAGGGGAUGGCCUAAGGGUCCCGCACCUGCAGAUCUCCUCCCCUUUUUCCAACGGCAAAAUGAGCUGUCCACCCAAAGGGGUUGUCUCCUUUGGGGAAAUAGGGUCGUUGUCCCUGAGGGUUUGCGGUGCCCCGUUCUGGCCCACCUACACAACGCUCAUCCGGGAAUCGUCCGCAUGAAGGGGCUGGGCCGCAGCUAUGUGUGGUGGCCCGGCAUGGACGGUGAUAUUGAGCAGUGGGUGGCUACGUGCCCCCAAUGCCAAGCGUCCAGGCCUGUUUCCCCGGCAGCCCCCUCCAGGGAGUGGGAGGUUCCCCGGGCGCCAUGGGCCCGAAUCCAUAUGGAUUUCGCUGGCCCCUUCCAGGGUCAUACAUUCUUGGUCGUCGUAGAUGCCUACUCUAAAUGCGUAGAAUUAGCUCUUAUGCAUUCUACGACGACCGAAGCUGUCAUCCGGGUGCUGGAAGGGUUAUUCGCGACGCAUGGUCUACCCGAUACCAUAGUUAGCGAUAAUGGACCUCAGUUUACGUUGGCACAGUUCCAACGGUUUGUGGCUAAGCUGGGCAUUCGCCAUACGACGAUGGUCCCCUUCCAUCCGGCCGCGAAUGGAUGGGCGGAAAGGGCCGUGAGAUCGGCUAAAGAGGCGCUUAGCCGCCUCCGACGACUCCGGACAGUUCUCGACAGAUUACACCCUGCCUACACACCUGAAAUCACAAAGGGCUUCACGCCCCAUUGCUGGGCAUUCACGAUUGGCGACCCUGUCUAUGCACAAAACUUCGGGACUGACAAUAAAUGGGUGCCGGGCCACAUAUGCCAAUUAACCGGACCCUACUCUUAUAGGGUCCAGCUCGAAGAUGGUCGCAUCUGGAGGCGGCACGUGAACCAACUGCGGAGGAGGAUGCCUUUAACAACAGACCUUCCCUGUAAGCAGGCAACGUCAGCGGGCGACGAGAGGCCACCGCGCAUAACCAGCAAUACUCCUUCACCUACUUCACCUGCUAUCGGACUACAACCCGAUGCGUUCUCGUUGGUCCACUCACCUGCUUGA